GAACCACUGCCGGAGUGUCAGGCGCUCCUCGCUGGGAGGGGCUGGCUGCCUGCGCCCUCCCCCAGCCCGCCUGGCGGGGCCACCCCCCUGAAGCCGGAGGCGUCGGGCUUAGUCGGAGCCGCCUCCCGCGGUGCCUCGCUGGCCCACGCGCGCCCGGAGAGCGGGCAGGCGCGGCGCGAUGUGCCGGGCGCAGGGGCGGCGCUGGCGGCUGCCCGGGACCCUGCUGCUGGCGCUGGCCUACGUGGGCUACCUGCUGCUGGGCAGCGCGGCGUUCUGGGCGCUGGAGGGCCCGGCCGAGCGCCGCUCCGCGCAGCUGCUGCUGCAGGAGAAGUGGGAGCUGCUGGCCAAUUACACGUGCCUGCAGGGGCCGGCCCUGGAGCGCCUCGUCCAGGGGAUCAUCAAGGCCUAUAAGAGCGGCCUCACCCUCCAGGAAAACUCCACCAUUCUAGGGAGAUGGGACUUUGUCGGCUCUUUCUUCUUCUCCGUCUCUGCAAUAACAACCAUCGGCUACGGGAACUUGAGUCCCAGCACUGUGAGUGCUCAGAUCUUCUGCAUCUUCUUUGCCCUCUUUGGGAUUCCUUUGAACCUCAUCCUCCUGAAUCGGAUUGGGCAGCUGAUGCUGUGUGGGGUUCAGCGAUGUGCCAAGCACCUAGGGGAGAAGUUGCACUGGCAGGCAGCAGCAACCGUAUUGACGAGGACCUGUGCACUGGUGACUGGCUUGUUGCUGUUUCUUCUGCUGCCUCCGUUUCUGUUCUCUGUGGUAGAAGGCUGGACCUACGAAGAAGGAUUCUACUAUUCCUUCAUCACCCUCAGCACAAUAGGCUUUGGAGAUUAUGUGAUUGGGAUGAACCCAGACCGCACCUACCCCUCCUGGUACAAGAACCUGAUAUCUUUGUGGAUCCUGUUUGGGAUGGCCUGGCUGGCCCUAGUCAUCAACCUCUGCAUCUCCUUGCUAGAGAACUCUAGUGACCUCUGCCACUUGCUGGCCUGUGGCUGGCAGUACCUCCUGAUGGAUGGAAUGCUAGAAGUGCUCCUGGGACGUUCUGUCAAGCUCAAGAGAGUGAUCAAGGGGUUUCUUGUUGAAAUCCUUAAAGAGAGCUGA